AUGACAGGCUCGGAGUAUUCCAAUGCAAAGCUAGGCCUCGAUGCAUUCCGCAUCGCUGGUCUCCCGCCGGACUUUUAUUAUAUUCCCAACUUCAUUAGUGUUGAAGAGGAAACGUCGAUUCUACAAAAGAUCCCAGCUCAGCGAUGGACGUACCUGUCUCACCGUCGCCUCCAAGCGAUUCCGUCUACACUAACUAAAAACAACACGCUGCUGGCCUCUCCGUUGCCCGUCUACCUGACAACACCUAUUAUAGACCGGUUCAAGGAUUUGAGUAUCUUCGAUCACACGCCGCACCAACAGCCAAACCAUGUUCUGGUCAACGAGUACAAGCCCGGCCAAGGCAUCAUGCCCCAUGAAGACGGCGACGCGUACGCACCUGUAGUUGCAACAGUCAGUCUCGGCGCGCCUUUGUGUCUGGACAUACUAGCCAAGCCCUCGUCGGCCUCGGCAGACGACGACGACGUAAACACCAGUAAUGAUGCCCAGCAAAGUCAUGACGAAGCCAAGAAGGCCCCCGCUCCCACUCCGAGCGUUACCGCGCUUCCGACCCGCAUCUUCCAGGAACCGCGAUCACUGCUCGUCACGACGGGCUCUGCAUACCGGCAUGUCAUGCAUGGGAUUGCGGAGCGCGAAACAGACGAGGGCCUGGAUGGGGCGAGCGUGGCGAAUUGGGAUUUGCUGGGUGACAAGGCGGUGCUCGAGGACAUGGGAGGCACGAGUAGCAGGGGUGUGAGGGUUAGCUUGACGUACAGGGAUGUGCUCAAGGUUAGUGCGGCUGCGAGCAAGGUGCUUGGUGGUUUGGGGGGAAUUCGGCGGGGUGUGUGA